UAGGAAAAAGAGCCAGAAAUGGAUGAGAGGGAUAAUGGGUUCCUCAUCUAUAUCUCUACUGCUACUACCGCCUCCAACCUCCAAAUUCAAUCUCCGGAAAACAUCAUUCUCCAUUAAAUCUUCCAACCCGUCACUCAAUUCAAGCUCACUCAAAACAAGAACUUUUAGUCCAUACCCAUCACAUAAAAAUACUCAAAUUUGGAGAAUUUCAGCUGCAAAUGAAGGAGUAGCAGUAAGUAAACAAGUAGAGACAGUUCAGAAGAUAAUCACAUCCAAUGAAGAUACUGGUGUUUCUACAACUAUAUCAGUUCUCCUCUUCAUUGCUUUCGUUGGUCUCACCAUUCUCACUAUUGGGGUUAUAUACAUUGCUGUGACGGAUUUUUUGACAAAGAGAGAAAGAGAAAAGUAUGAGAAAGCAGAGAGCGAGAAGAAGAAGAAGAAAGUUGUGAGAUCAAGAGUUGGGCCUAAAGGAUUCGGACAGAAACCCGAUGAUUUUGAUGAUUUCUAGAGUUCAAUACGAUUUGCAUUCUGCAAUUCCAAACUUUUUUUUUUUAUAUUGCAAACGCAGAUGAAUACGUUUUUCUUGUGAGUUUCUUUGUGUUUAAGAAUUGCUUAUACUUCCAGCAUUUCUAGAAUUAUCCGCUUACAGAUUGUGGUACUUUAAGUGUGCUAAUGUGCUGGUGUGAACUACUCAUGAAUCAUGUAACUUCACUGAGCAUGUGUAUGGAAUGAUGAAUUCAUCACAAGCUCAUUUUGUAUCAUUCACAAUUUACAGGUAAACUCGUAUAAAUGAGCACCACUCCCAUCAA